GACACGCAGUUUAAAAAAAGUAACGAGCAGAGCUCAUCUCCAACACAAAUCCCGUACACGCGCUGACUCAGCGCGUGAUGACACGUUCCCUUAACAUUGUAAACCACAAAUAUACCUUUUCCCUACAGUACACAUAAAAACUCAUCGGGAAACAGUUCCGGCGAGCCGAGUCGUCGGAGAUUGUGGUUCGAUUUCAAAUCACCGCCAAAUCAAUUAGAGAAGAUGGAUGCCAUGGAUAUUGAUCAGGUUGUGGAGGUUCCUGAUACCCCAGAUAGAUUAGCAUCCCAAAAUAUUAAUGGGAAAAAUUGUAUAAGACGAGAGAGAUAUGUAUCAUCCAUGGCCAAUCUUAUUGAAAAUGCUGAUACGUCUGCUGCUGGGUUACAAGGUGUGCCAAGAAACAAUAAACGGGCGACUAAAAGUGAGAGCAGAAGUAUGUUUAUUCCUCCUAGACAUGAUUCCACCAAAAAUGAGCUUCAAGGGAAUCUUAUUAAUAUCAAUUCAGAAAAUGCACUUGCUUCUAGGGGUCCGUUCAGAUCGAGGAGAACUGCAGUUGAUCAUACAUUCAAUCAUCGGGGAAAAAGUAACUUUCAUCCGGAAUACAUGGGAAAAGGAAAAGCUCUUUCUAGUCCUAAUUCCGAGAUGGCUGGAUGCCAAGGACAUGUUAAGGUACUUGAUCUGACCGACGAAGAUGACCAUUUAAGAACAUAUCAGAAAUUCGUCACAGGAAGUAGUCAAUCGAAAGAACAUAGAAAAGAAAUGGCAGACAAGAGCGUUUCACCUCUGCCUAUUGUAGAAGAUUCUCAUGUUGGGAAAAUAAAUGACAACCCGAGGACUUCACACAGAACCAGUUGUCAGAAAAAAUUGGUUAGAAAUGGAUGUAUAUCUCCACUUAACGUAGCAAAGGCUAAGCUGACUGCACAGAGACAGAAUAAUACUUUUCUGCAUUCCCACCAGAAUGAUUCCGGAGCUAGUAGGGAUUCAAUGGCUGAAGUCAAGGAUGCUUGUCGAGUCGAGCGAUAUGGAUGUGUAUCUCCAUCUAAUGUAUCAAAGGCUAAACAACUGGCUCAGACACAGAAUAAUACUUUUCUGCACCCUUACCAAGAUGAUUAUGGAUCUAGUAGGGAACCAACAGCUGAAGACAAGCAUUCUCAUCGAGUCAAGGGAAAGGGAUUACUAACCCAUAGCGGAUUGUUAAUGGAAUCUGAGGCAAAAGCAAGGCCUUUACCUGGAAGGGUUCUUGCUGGUAAGGUAGACGGAGCUAGUCAUGCCAACAAGGCUGCUUGUGUGCGCUCCGAAGGAUCAAGUGGAUGGAUAAGUACACGUGAGCAUACCAGAAGAUCGAAUCCUUCCUUGUCUGAUGAAGAACCUCUUCUUUUCCACAGAACAGAUGAUCCAUGUAACGUGAAUAAGUUACCUAGGACUGUAGUGGCCAGAAGGGAUAAUAAAGAGGGGAAUAUUACAAGAAAACACUCAGUCUCAUCCCAGAAUGCGUCUGCGGCACCUAUAUCCCAGACAGUAUCCCAAAAGCAUCAGGGAGGCAGAUUGAAUGAUCAUCCUGAUUCUUCAAACACAGUGAUUAAAAGACAGAGGCAGGGUUCCUCUAGGAGUCAUCAAGGUGAAUCUUCGUCAUCAGCAACAUCUAACUCUGAAUUUUUGGUUCUUGGGUCAUCAGGAGAACCAUCAAAUGCAAGAUCGGUUAGGACACAAAAUAGCCACGCAGCACGCAGUUUUAAGCCAAUUAUUGAUAUUGAUGAAUUUUCCCCUGAAACAAGAAGCAACGGCCCAUGCAACAUAGAUCGCAGUAGUGUAAGUGCGUCAGAUAUUAGGGAUAGACAGCUGGAAGCAGAUGAAAUUUUGGCUAGGGAGCUUCAGGAACAACUAUAUAAUGAAUCAAAUGUUGCAGCAGAUCGUGAGAUCGAUGAACACGUUGCACUGGCGCUGCAGCAGGAGAUUUCACAGCAUGCUUUUGCUAGUAGAAGCCAGCAUGUGCCUCAUCCUAGAAGCUCGUCCAUAUCUAACUCACAUAGAGAAAAUAUGUUAAGGUCUUCUCAAAAUUCUUCCACCCAGAGAGUAACCCAGCCUCGAGGUCCUACCACUAAUAGAAUGGCACGGCUGAGAAGUCGUUUUCCAGGACAACCUCGCACAAUAUCAUCUAGACAAAGAAAUGUCGUGUUUCCUCCCAACAUGGAUGUUGACAUGAGAAUGCAUAUACUGGAAGCACUAGAGGCCUUCAAUGAUAUGGGAAUGGCUGGCAGUCUCCUUCAAGCUCAGCGUGAUUUUAACGAAAACGAUUAUGAAAUGUUAUUGGCUCUUGAUGAGAACAAUCAUCAACAUGGCGGUGCAUCUGCGGCUCAGAUUAAUGCUUUGCCAGAAUCGACAGUUCAGACUGAUAAUCUUGAAGAGUGUUCAAUUUGUCUUGAAACUCCAAGCAUUGGGGACACCAUACGCCAUCUUCCCUGUCUGCACAAAUUUCACAAAGAUUGCAUUGAUGAAUGGGUCCGAAGAAGAACAACGUGUCCAAUUUGCAAGUCGUCCGUCACCUGAUAUGUGCCUCAUCUCUUUAUAAAGUUCCAAGACAUCGGAAUGUAGGGGCUGGACUUCUCUGUCACGAUGACUAACUAAGACAAAAAGUCUGGCCUGGACAAGACAACUGUUAGUUUCCAACAGUUAAGUAGAGAUGUCUUACAUUUUGUUGUCAAAUCUGGUAUUGGAAUGUUAUGGUACAUUGUUGGUCUAUCCUUUGACGGUCAUGAAAUUGUGUUUUUCUGAGAUUAAAAGCCGCAGUUCAGUGGUGGUGAAUGUGCCCCUAGCACUAGCCGCUAGGAGGUUUAAAAUUUUGACUCACAUCACCUCCCUUAAUAAUAAAUUUUUUUUGCUUGUUUCUAUAAA